UGGUGGACUAAUUUGUUGUAUAUUAACAAUUUAAUCAGCUAUAAUAAAAUGGUAUGAAUACUAUAAAUCGUAAAUUUAAAUAAAAUUGAGUUUAUUAUUUAUUAUUUUCAUUUUCUGAACAUCUUUUCUAUUAGAAAACUUGCUCCGAAGUAUUAAACUAUAGACUUGAACAUUUUUUUUCAAAAAUAAUUUUGUCUAGCUAUUGAGUUAAGGUGUAUUUUUUUGAUUUUCCAACGGGUUUUCGAAAUAUUAGAAAAACCUAAAACAAAAUUACAGGUAAUCGGCAAAUAUUUACGGCAUGUCGCAAUGUUAACGUUUUUAUCGUUUUUAUUAUGUUUACACAAUGUUUUCUACUAGAAAUAUUGUUCCAAUCCAAAAAUAAUAAGAUAUCGAUUUUGAUCCUUUUAAUAUUCCGCCACCUUCAUAGUCGUUUUUGUUAUCUAAAGUAUUUUUCAUUAUAAUUGGGAAAAACCAAAAAAGACAAAAUAAAUGAUUUUUUUUUUCAAAUUACGGCACAGUAAAUUUUAUUACCUAUAUUAUGUUUUCUACCAUAAAUAUUCUACCAAUAGGUAAAAGACAAGAUACUUUUUUUUUCGUUUUUUGAUUUUAUUUGGUAGUUUUUGUAGUAAUUUAUUAUUUUAAAUUUGUUUUAGAUUCUAGAGCAAUAAUAGAACGAAGAAGCUUAUGGUUUUACAAAAAUGUUUAUUUUUAUUUAUUUUUUUAUGUGAUCACUUUUUCUACCUCAAAGCUUACUCCGAUGUAACCGAUGUAGUCCUUUUUCUGAAGGAAAUUCUUUUAGGGUGGUACUUAUAAGGAAGUCAUUUUAUGAUCUCCCCUGACGUUCUCUCAACAAAAGGGAAAAGUAAGGAAAAAUAGAGGGAAAAUGGAAAUUAUAUGAAAUAUAUUAGUAAAAUAUUAUUAUUAUUAUUAUUUUUUUUUUUGACAACUAUUCUACAGGCAAUUAUGCUCUGCUUUACAGUGAUAGCACUAUUUCUAAAACAAUAUUAAACAAAUAAUUUUAAAGAAAAUAUGUAAUGCAUAUGUAAUUAUUUUACCAUAUUAUACCAUAUGUAUUGUUGACAAAACAACACUUUCAUUCGAACUCCACUCAAAAUCGUUGUUUCGUUUGCAAAACGUUAUUGUUGCUAACAGAUAUACUUAUAUUAAAUUAACUAAGAACGGUCCAGGUCUUUUAGAAGUAAAAAUUACAUUAUCGUGAUUUCAUGAUGUAAAAAAUGUCGGUUCUUUUUAUAUUUAUAUUUUAUAAUUAUUUCAUAAUUGUUAUUUAAUGUAUAGUGUACCACAUGGAGUUGGUAUUUAGCAAAUGAUAUGCAAUAUUUUAUAAUUGGAUAUAUCAUCACAGCUUGUUCUGUAAGGUAAGUUAGAAUCAUAAUAUUGUAUUUUAAACUAAAAAUCAUAUAAAAUCGUAUUAAUACUGUUUUUACUUAGUUGCUUUUACUUGUCUGCUGCAAUAUGGUCGUUUCUGGUNAUGAUAUGCAAUAUUUUAUAAUUGGAUAUAUCAUCACAGUUUGUUCUGUAAGGUAAGUUAGAAUCAUAAUAUUGUAUUUUAAAAUGAAAAUAAUAUAAAAUCGUAUUAAUACGGUUUUUAUUUAGUUACUUUUACUUGGCUGCUGCAAUAUGGUCGUUUCUGGUAAUUUCCUCAAUAAUUAUCAAUUUCUACCUUGUAUAUGCAUUGAAUUUUUCGAUAAUGUAAGUAUUUUUAUAGUUUAAAAAAUAAAUAUAAUUAAGAAUAAUAUAUUUUAUUUUUAUUACAGAAAUUCAUUUCUCAUACCAUUAUCAAUCAAGGAUGUUCUCUAUAAAUUACCGUGGACAAGAAUUGGUCCUUAUUUAGUUGGAAUGGCUGUUGCAUAUUUUUUACUCCAAACGAAAAGAAAAAUACAUUUAAAUAAGGUUAAUAUUAACUUGUGUGGUCGAUAUUUGUGUUCCCACUGUUUGAAAGUGAAGUUUAAAUAAUAUCUCACAUAAUUUAAAUUGAAGAUUUUUCUUAUUUUUGUCAACAUUUGAAUUUGAAUUUUUUUUUAAUACUAAUUCUUUCCGUUUUCUCGAUGUUGUUUUCCGCUUUUCUUUAUUAAUAUAAGACAUUACCUGAUUUACAAUUUUAUAAAAAACCUCUAUACAAUUUUGGUUUGGUAGAUAAUACUUUGGAUUUUUUGGAUUUUGACAACAUUUCCUAUAAUUUUAAUUAUUUGGUAUUCUUUAGUAGAAUCCUCUGUAUUGGAAACAGCAUGUUUGUGGUCCCUGAUUAGAGUAAUAACAAUUGCAUUUUCAAUUGGUUGGAUUGUGUGGGCUUCAGUUACUGGUUAUGGAGGUAAAUAAUUUUUAUAACUUCAUCAUGAUAUAGAAAUAUGUAUGUGUAAUAUAAUUGAAUACGUUUUGUUAACUAGGUUUUAUAAAUACCUUUUUAUCACAUGAAAUAUUUGUAGUAGUGGAUAGACUUACUUACUGUGCCUAUCUAAUCAAUCCAAUCAUUAUAUUUCUAUCAUACUUUGAUGCAGAUAAAGCCAUCCAUAAUGAUAUGAUAUUCCAAGUAAGUUUAUAAUUAAAAGUUUUUAUCAGUAUUAUUCGUAUUUCAGUAAAAUUGUUUUGUUAUAAUUUCAAUAUUUUUAUUAUUUAUAUUACAGUUGCCAACAUUUUUAGGAGUUGUAAUAUUGACAUUCUUCGGUGCCUUUAUUUUGUAUUUGAUGUUUGAAAAACCAUUCAGAUCAUUAUUAGAAUUGCUGACAACUAAAUAAACAUAUGAAUUAAAUUAUUGCAAUGAAAAAAAACCAAAUUAAAAAAGUUUGUUUUAUUUAUUAAUUGUACAAAUAUUAUUAUAAUGUUAUAAAAAUUACGCUCUGGCUUUGUCAAUAUUGCUAUUGAAUGUUUGUA